AUAUCAUCGGUGUGUAACUUCCCGUGAAAAAUCGCGACCCUACUUCACUUUUAUUGUAUACGCGUUAUGUAUGGAUAAAUGGAGAUCUUAUGGAUUUUCGUUGGUAUUUGUGUUUUAAUCUAUUGUGAUGGCGCACAACAAUGUAGAAACGAAGAAUGUAACUCAAAGAGAGGUAAACGGCCUGUCACAUGUGUGGUAGAAGAUAUACCAGAAGAUGGAAAAAUUGUGUCCAUUGAAAUAAUAGAAGAGAAAAGGAAAAGUCGGUGUAUAGAAUAUGAAAAUUAUGGAUUUACUACGAAAUCAAUUUGGGUGUCUGACAAAUGCAGUGCAGAGUUCAAAGUCUGCUUUUUCAAAGAAAUGUUUUAAAUCCAUUGGUAUAUUUUUGUCAUAUUUAGACAUAGAUGAAGACUUUUCUACUACUACUGUCAAGAUAACUAGUACAAGAAAUUACAGAAAUCCAAGUAUAAGAUCUACGUUGUUUCCGGGAUUUUUUUCAAGGACCACACCAGCUAGAAUACCAACUAGUACCAGAGCCAACAGAGAAACUACAGAUAAAGUCAAAUAUGUAACACCUACAUACACAACAAAUAGUACACAUGGAAACAGAACUUCUCAAGUGGAUAAAAUUCUAACAGCUGGCAUUCUUGGAGGCGUGGUUGGAGGGCUAAUAUUCCUGUUAUUGGUAUUAAUAUUGUGUGUUGUCAUCUUAAGGAGAUUUUCAUGUUUUAAACGAAAAUACGAUCAACAUUAUAAUAAUGGUCACAGAAAUAUAACAACCACUGUUUCUCAAGUGACAACCGUAACCAAUGGCGACAAUGAAGAUGGAUACGACACUCUCGGAAUGUAUAGCGAAGAAAGGAAUCAUCAGUAUGAUGCAUGCUCACCAGUUCGUUUCGAUCAACCUCAUAAUUAUAUGACAGUGUACGAUUCUUUGGAGCCUCCGAAGAUACCACCUAAUAACAAUCGUCCCACAAACCUUGGAAAUAAUGCACGUGUUCAUGUUAGACCAUCUCCAAUUAGUAGGAAGGAAAUGAAAAUUGGAGAUUAUAUCGAUUUGACUUCAACCGAGGAGGGGUCUGAUCGAUCACAAAUUUUAAAAGUGUCAACUAAAAAUAAAUAUAAAAGUGAUUUUCAUGAAACCAAAGAUUUAAACUCGACAAAUUACGAACUUGCAAAACCGAUUCCGAAAACUCCGUUGUAUGAACCCCAAAAGUACGAACUUGCAAAACCAGCCGCCAACGAAAUAGGGGCCAAUAGUCUUGUAUUGAAUAGUAUUGAUACCUUUAAUGACGGUCUCUACAAUAUUUCUGGUAAUAACAAAUGUGAAAAUAGUGCAAACAAUCUGUAUAGCCAUCCUGAAGAUUUUUAUUAUGUCACACCUCAACAAAAUGGCGGACCAAGAAAAACAGAUCAUGCUAAUCAUGAAGUAUGCAGAGAAAAUAGGACAUCAGAUGAUUAUGACUUAUUUCAAAAGAAAAUAAAUGUAUAGUUCAAAUGUAAACAAUUUCCAUUUGUUUUCACUGAUGUUGACCUUUAGAAUGUGACGUGUUAUAGAUGUUGACCACUGAGCAAAAAAGAUGCCAACGAAGCGGCUAUUUUUUGCCGUUCCGUACAACUGGUUUUGCUACUGAUUUUGAUGGGACUUCUUAUUCGUGUUCCCUUGUUUGUCCGCAAAAUAGUUGCAUUCGAUCUCUAUUGUUAAGUCUCUUAAACAAAAUAUGGAUACGUCACAGUAUGCUGAUUUUUUUUGUCCUAGUUCCUUGAUUGUCUGCUUUGUCUCACAACUUAACUUGUGUUUUGUCAUCUAUUUUACUGAUACUUUAGAGUUACAUUUCGUACAUGUAAGUGCUUUUAGCUGUACUGAUUAUUAUGGUAUAUAUAAAAAAAGAAGAUGUGGUAUGAUUGCCAAUGAGACAUUCCCAACCAGCGACCAAAUGACAUCGAAAUUUAUAAGAACUUUAGGUCACUGUACGGCCUUCGCGUAUGUACUUUUAGUUAGAUCACGAGUGAAAAUUAUAAGG